AUGAACAGUAUUAUUGGAGGUACAGAUCCUCUAUCUAUGAUAUUUAAAGAGGAAGAAAUUAAAAAACAACAAAUUUUAUUAGAAAAAGAAGAAAAAGAGAAACAAGAACAACAACAAAAGAAACUAAAUAAAGAUAAUAUAUUUAAAUUAGAGGAAGAAGGUAAAAAAUUAGAGUUAUCAACAAAAGUUCAUAUUCAACAUCCAAACAUUUCAACAACAUCUGACAAUAACUCAUUAUUAGAUCCAAGUAAUUUAACAUUAAAUGGUAAAAAAAAGAAAUGGAUUAAUAGUUUUUGUAUUAUAAAUUUUGAUUUAGAAAUUGGUCAAGUAUUAGAUUAUUCAUUCCCACAAGUUAAUUUUAAAGAAGAAGAAUCAACAAAUUUAUGUUUUUUAUCAUUUCCAGAUUCAAAUUCUCAUUUACAGGGUGAUAUUAUAUAUUCAUUUAAAUUAAAAGAGACAAGUAGUUUAGGUAAUGGUCAAUGUAAUUUUCAAUAUGGUUAUGUAUUUUUUAGACAAGAGAAAGAUUCAUCAAUAAGUAGAGGUUAUUUACAAAAGUCUGUAGUAUUAUUAAGUGAUGAAUCAUUUGUUGGUUUAUUUAAAAAGGUUAUGGAAAUCGUUGGUCCAUUAUAUUUUGAUCAUGGUAAUACUCUGCUAGAGGUAGCUUAUCAAAAUAUAAUGAAUUGGCCAGAAUUGAAAUUAGGUCAAACUUAUGAAUUACCAAUUUUAGGUUACAUUUUAACUUUUCAUGUACCACAUACAAGAGGUACACCACAUAUAAUUGAUCCAGUUGUAAAACAACAUCAAUUGGGUGGUGGUAGUGGUGGUGGUUUAAGCAGUUCACCAUCAUCGUCAUCUGGUGGUGGUAAUAUACCGACUAGUAAUACAACAGGAGUUUCACCAUCAAUAUGGAGUGAAAUGAAAUUAGUUAGUAAUUUAAAAUCAAUUGAUAUUUAUGGUUGCUUUAAAAGUUUUACAACUAAAUUAUGGAUGCUUUGGGAAUUGGUAUUAUUAGGUCAUCCAUUAUUAGUAAUUUCACCAAAUCCACCAAUGUGUUCAGAUUCAGUUUUAGCUUUAGUUAGUUUAAUUUCACCAUUACAUUAUUGUGGUGAUUAUAGACCAUAUUUUACAAUUCAUGAUACAGAUUUUCAUAAAUAUACAAGUUUUUCACAUUUAUCAGGUACAAGACCUGAUGAUUCAAAUAAUAAUAAUAAUCAAGAUGACAGCGAAUAUAAUAAUAAUAAUAAUAAUAAUGGUAUACCACCAUCAAUUUUAGGUGUAACAAAUCCAUUCUUUUUAAAAGCAUUAGGUAAUUGGCCUAAUAUUUUAACGAUUGGUACAACACAACAAAGAUUAGGUGGUUUCAAGAAAAUUAAAUCCUCUUUACCAAAUAUAAUGUCAAAGGAUUUAUUAACUCGUCAUGUUUUAGAUAAUAAAGAAAAGAUACUAUCUGAAUAUAAACCAUUUAUUUCACCUGAUAAAUCUGUAUUAAAGAAAAUAACUGAAUCUGCUGAUGAUGAUAUUAUAAAUGAAGUACUUCGUACUCAUUUCUUACAAUUAACUCAAAAAUUUUUAAUACCAUUAGAAAGAUAUUUUUCUUUAUUAUUACCAUUAGCAAAGACAAUAUCAAUAUUUCAAAGACCACCAAGAUUAAAACCAUUUAUUAAAGAGGAAUGUUUAAAUAAGAUAAUGGAAACUGAUGAAAGAUUUAUAAUUGAUAAUAAAUCAAAAGAAAUUGAAUUGUAUAAACAAUUUUUAGAUUGUGUAAAUUUUAAACAAUGGUUAGAUGAUAAAAGAGCCCAAGCAAUUAAACAUUUAAAUAUUCUAUAUAGAAAGGCAAUUUUAGAUGCUGAUAUUCAUACAUUAUUAAGAGGUAAACCAAUUUCAACCGCUACUGAUCUUUUAAAAAGAGUUGAGGAUCAAUUAAUUUUAGAGGAAAAUUUAUUUCAAACUUCAAAAGAAAUUAAAGAUAAAUUCAAAUCUCAUAUUGAAAUAAUACGACAAUAUAAAAAUAAUUGUGAUAAUAAUAAUGAAAAUAAUAAUAAUAAUAUUCUCUUAACAUCACCAAUAAAAUCAACAUCAUUAUCAUCAAUCGCACUACCACCAUCGUCAACAACAGUAACAACAAAAACUACCACAACAACAAAAUAA